UUUUUUGUUUUAUUAUAUACAUAUGAUCAAUUAAUAAUAAAUUCCUGUUUUAUCCGAGAUACGUAUGAGAUAUAUUUUAAUAUGACAAAAUAAUUGUUGAUAGUACUAAUUGUAAAAAAAGAAAGAAAAAAGAAAAAGAAAAAAUAUUAACUUAUUCAAUUUCGACCAACUGUUUCCGCUUUCCUCGGGAACGAUUAUACGAGCAGGUUUACUUGAAGGAGAUUCUCCGUUUCGAGAGGUGUAUCCUCCUACCAUGCCUACCUUUAAACAACCCUACUCCAACAGUUCGUUCGUUCAGGCAGGAGACAGGAUUCUAGGGGGAUUGGACAGUGUCUGAGGAAGACUUGUCGCAGUCGAGUACAAAACCUCGAUGCCAAUGUGAGUUCGAAAGGAGAAGUUAACGGUGAGGGACCGGUCAGUCUCCAUUUUUUUUUUUUUUUAUUCUUAUACGAUCUCAACCUUUUCGAUAAAUAUAACAAUAAAAAAAGAAAAGAAAAGAACAAGAAAACUUUGUGUCGUGUUUAUUUUAACGUGAGUUAACAAAAAGAAAGAAAUUUUUUAUCAAAAAAUAUUUAGUGAAGGUGCAAAAGAGCAGGUGUAAAAAAUAAUCAACGAUUCGUUUUAAAAUAUCUUCCACCAAUAUCAAGUUGAAAUUCUUUAAUUUAUUAUCAUCGAUGUGGAUGGAAUUUCUUGAAGGUCGAAGGUAUCGCCGUGCUAGUUGCAUGAAAGCGGACCUUAGUCCAUAUUCGAGGAUCCAAUUUUUGAUUUAGAUUAUCAUGGAUCGUGAAGGAAAUUCAUGUCUAUAACAACUUUAACGAAGAUAUUUAUUGGAAGACGAAAAAAAUGAAUACGCUCACGAUCAAGACGUUAUUGCUUUUGGCAGGCACGAUAUACAUCGUGAAUGCAACCUCAGUCUGCCCUUGGGCUCAAAGUGUCGCAGAACUUGAAAACUCUUGCAUCUGUGAUUAUAAUCUUGCUAAAGAACUAUCAGUACAAUGUGACAUCGUUGAUUACGGUCAACUACUAUUGGCUAUGAAACGAUACGCUUCAAAGAUCACCGUUGAUCUCUUUUACAUUAAUAACAGUACCAUUGGUACUCUAAAGAAUGGAUCUCUUUCAGCGCUAAGAAUCAAUAACAUACAAUUAUCGGGUUGUCGUAUUUCGAUAGUUGAACCUGAAGCAUUCAAAGAUCAAGAAAAUUCAUUGAAAAGUCUUAAUCUUAAAGAUAACGAACUGAUAGAAAUACCUAUUGAUACGUUGAAGACUUUGAAGAAUCUUACAGUGUUAGAUCUAUCAAUGAACAAGAUUACAAAAGUUCCAGAUGAUGCCUUUAUUGGAUUGAAACUGGUCACUUUAAAAUUGUCUGACAAUGAAGUUACUCUCUCAUCAGGUGCCUUUAGAGGUUUAGAAGCGACUUUGAAAAAUCUUAAUCUUAAAGGUACCCGACAAAAAAAAGUACCGGAAGCAUUAAGAGGUCUCAAAGCUCUAGCCUUUCUGGAUCUAUCUCAAAACAGUAUACAUGAAUUACCUGGAUCAGCUGGUAUCAAAGCAUUCGAAGGACUAGACUCAUUGACUGGUCUCAAUCUUGAGAGAAACUUGAUCCAAAAUAUCGGACCAAAUGCUUUCUAUGGCGUCAGAAAUACUUUAAGCUCUUUGAGUUUAUUAAACAAUCUCAUCCCUGAUUUUCCAACUGCUGCAAUCAACAGUAUUCAUGAUCUUAGGGUACUUGACAUCGGAUUCAAUCUAAUAACGGAGUUACCAGUGAAUGCUUUUCAAGGUAAUCCAUCGGUAACACUUCUCGCUAUCGAUGGAAAUCCUUUAUCCACUGUACCAGAACGAGCAUUGGCUAGAUUGAAUGGUACUCUAAGAGGACUGAGCUUGGGAGGAAGAUUCCUUGUAUGUGAUUGCAAAUUACGUUGGAUCGUCGAUUGGAUUAAGACUAAGGAUCUUCAAGUAACCAGCCGCGAACGUAAACCACCAUUUUGUGGUAGUCCACAUAGAUUACAAGAAAAGAAUUUUUACAACAUCGAUAUAAAUGAUAUGACAUGUGAAAGAACACCAGAAAUUAUUGGAAUUGGCACUGUUGAAAGUGUCGAUACUAGAGAACCAACAGGUCCAAGUGAUAAUAUAGGUGUUGCUACUCAUCACUCAACGAUAAGACCACAGAUAUCCACCACAACAACUAGUACAUCGACUACUACACCUUCAACAACAACAAUCUUUUCAACUACAGAAUUUAAAAGAACGACUGAAGCACCUCAAACAUCUACUAUGUUUACUUCGACGACUAACAGACCAACUGCAGCUCGAACAGGAAAUGUAGUUAUAAUGAGAACUACUUUAACUCCACCUAGACAUGUUCAGGAUCAACCUCAGCAACAUCAACCAAGACCUCCUUUGGUUCUUGGUUCUCCUCUUUAUAAAGCUAAAUCAAAUGAUAGAGAUAUCAUAGUGAAGGAUGUACUUAGACAGGAUAAUUCAGUGAUUAUCUAUUGGGACACAAAAGCACCUAAGAGUUUAGGAUUUCGUGUGAUUUAUCGAUUAUUUGGAGAUGAUAGUUUCGAGCAAGCUCCGCCUCUUGAUGCUAGCGAACGUGAAUUUAAAAUAAAGAACGUACCCUAUCAGGAAUGCAUCAUAGUAUGUGUCGUUUCGUUGGAAGAGACCAAUCUUACGCCAGCAAAUGUUCCCUAUCAACAAUGCAGAGAAGUUAGAACAGAAAAUUCACCAACUUCUAAUAUGGACAAAAUCACUAUAGCUGCUAGUGCAGCAAUAUGUGCGACUAUAGUAGUUGCAGUAAUAAUCUUUGUGGUUGCUAAUAGAAGAAGAGCUCGUAAACUUCAUACACUUCAUAGUAUAGAUCAAACUAACAUGGGUGGCCCUAUAGCAGGCUUGCCAGUUAAUUGUUGCUCAACCGGUGGUCCAACGCCAAGUCCAGGAGGACCUCUGUCUUCUAUGGCGACCUUGAGUGCUUACAAUGCUCAAAAGGAAUGGGAUCAAGUAUCGGCUUAUAGUAACAGAAGUAUACCGAGACCUAGAAUCUUUCCUGUUGAUCGACAAGGUUCGAUUACUAGAGCUUCUUGCAUCGACGAUGUUCGUUCUCAAACAGGCCACUAUGGUGGUAAAGUAUCUACACGUUCAGUUGCUGAUGGCCAAUCACAACAUAGUUUCUCUAAUAACUCUACACGAUAUUUUGCUAACACGACUUUAGGAUCUAAUCUCGUAAACUCUAGACCAGAGUUACGUCAGUCACGUCAAUCGUUAGCAGCAGCUUCCGAUAGAAUGUCGCGCAAUAAUUAUACUAAUAAUCAUAUGCCCUCUCAUGCUUCCUCGAGAAGACAACGCCCAAGAUCACGUAAUCGUACCUUGGAACAAAAUCCUCCAAGGCCUGGCAGUCGCUAUAGUUUAGCUGACUCCACGCAUACGUUGAAUAAUUACGAUGAAAAUAAUUGGACCGAUCAUGAUAUGGACAUAUACAUGACACGUAAUCCAACUACGAGAAGCGGUCUAAUGCCAGUAUGAUCAUCGGUUUUACAAACUUGUGUUCAGUCGGUUCGUUUGAUUUUAUGCGAUUCGAUGUAUCAACGUACAACAACGUAUUCGUAUUAGACUAAGUUAGCAAUAAGGCCGAUCGAAUCGAAUGAUAGCUAUUGUUCAUCGUAACGAUCAUUUUUAUAAAUUGUAUGACUUAGGUACUUGUAAUAUGUAUCAACGAGCCAAACAAUUGUUCAUUGGUUCAUUCGAACUAUGAUCUUGUUUUGAAUAAGUAUUCGCUAAACGUAUUUAUACCCAAAGAGACUGCAUCGCGAGGUGAAAUGCAUUCGACGGAACAAGCGUUCUGUCCUAAACGAAUGUUAAAUAUUUUUAAAUAGAAUCUAUAGAUAUACACGCUGAAAAGUUAAGUGCAUUAUCGUCAAUUGAUUAAAAAUGCAUUGAAAUUCGUUAGAGAUUAAAAUCAAUAAUUUUUUUCUAAUCACUUGACGAAUCAAUAAA